UCAAGCACUGCGCAUGUGCAGACGUUUCCACCGCGCACCACGCUUUGUACUUUACUCUGUUUGCUGGUAGCUUGCUGUUUCGUUCGUAAAAUUCUAUAGUUAAAAAUGUCUAGAUUAUCUUAAUACUAUCUAAGUAAUUGUUGAACAAACUUAAAAAGUAGUGCCGUGUUAUUUUCUCUAAAAGAACGCCAAACACGUCUGAAAUAUGGUAAAGUUGACGGCAGAUUUGAUCGAGCAAGCAGCACAGUACACAAACCCAGUGAGAGACAGAGAACUAGAUUUAAGAGGAUACAAAAUUCCAGUCAUUGAAAAUCUUGGUGCUUCCUUGGAUCAAUUUGAUACCAUAGAUCUGUCAGACAAUGAAAUCCGCAAACUAGAUGGAUUUCCACUUCUCAAAAGACUGAAAUCUCUUUUGGUGAAUAACAAUAGAGUGGCGAGGAUAGCUGAAGAUUUAGAAGAAUGUUUACCCAGUCUAGAAAGUCUGAUAUUGACCAAUAAUAGCAUCCAGGAACUGGGUGAUCUGGAUACCCUGGCAUCUGUUAAAACACUCAGGACACUAAGCCUCAUGAGGAAUCCAGUAACAACCAAGAAACACUACAGAUUAUAUGUUAUUCACAAGUUACCACAGAUCAGAUUACUAGAUUUCCAGAAAGUGCGUCUAAGGGAAAGAGAAGCAGCAGGCCGCAUGUUCAAAGGCAAGCGUGGUCAGGCAUUAGCCAAGGAGAUUGGCAAGAGGAGCAAGACCUUUGUGCCUGGUGGUCAGCUACCUGAAGUGACCAAGAAACCCACAGGUCCUUCAAAAGAAGAUGUGGAUGCAAUUAAGGCUGCCAUUGCCAGAGCUUCAACAUUGGAAGAAGUGGAGAGAUUAAAUCAAAUGCUAAGAACAGGACAAAUACCAGGGAGAGAAUUCAGGAGAGAUUUUGGGGAAGAGGAAAUGGAAACAGAAAUGAAUGGAAAUUGAAAGAAGAAUUGAACAUAAAACAAUGGCAGACGAAUUUUGGACGGCUAUGUUAAAUUAUACAUUUAUUGACAUGCAGUAGAUUAAUUAUUUUUUCUUUAGAUGUGUAUAUUUAAAAUUAUUAGUACCAGCUUUUGGUAAAAAAAAGUAAAUUAAAUGUUCCUGGCACUAUUUCGACUCCACAGGUAAGUAUUUACAACAUAGUGGAGACCUAAAGCAUCUCUACCUUGCUAUUUUACUGCAUACAUAUUGGGUUUUAAUGAACAUUUUUCUGUUUUAACCAACUUUAGGUACGCCAGGUCAACCCAUCCCAACUGGAUUUGAAAAAAAUUUUGAAAUACAAAUGAUAAGAACUGA